GGUUUGUUUGCAUUUGUGGGGGGCGGGGAGGGCUUGUUGGGUUAGGUAAGCCAGAUUGAUUCGUAUGCUGUCAGUGGAUUCUUGUUGUUGUCUUGUUGGGCUGUGUAUGUGAUAAAGGGGAGCCAUACUGGGGUGAAGGCACCCUCUUCAAUUUGUCCCCGUGUCAGAUUCAGUAUAUUAGUUAGCUUUUCUAGUAAGGCCAUUUCCCAUACAAGUUGGUACUAUUGGUUCAUGUUUACUCCUGACAGGUCUCUCCAGUGUCUGGCUAUGAGGCUUCUGGCUGCUGAGAGCAGGUGGGUUAUAAGCUCUGUAUAAUGCGAGUGGUCAUUAUGAUCUUGGAAGGUGUUCAGUGGGGCCACUUCUGGGGUGAGUUCUAAUACCCGUUUAGUUAUUUUGCAUAUCUCUUGUAAGACUGCUGUCUAGAAGGGUUGGAUUUUAGGGCAUUUCCACCACAUGUGGAGGUAUGUGCUUGUGGAGGUGCAGCCUCUCCAACAUCUUGGUGAGGUUCCUGGGCGUAUCGGUGCCAGUUUCCAUGGUGUUAAGUACCACCUGUAUUGUAGGUGAGUUUCAGAGUGAGUUCCAUUCUUUUGGCUGAUACGGUCUUAAAGGGGGGUUUAGACCACAUUCUAGUGCAUUGGGUAGGGUUAAUUUCAUAGCCUACCUAUGUUGUGCUCCCAUUGUUCUUUGAUUGCGUCAAGGGGGGUUGUGGGAUUUUGAAGCAAUAUUUUGUAUAUUGUGGAUACCAUCCUUUUGCUGUGUCCCUCUGCUGUCAGGAGAAGGUUUUCGAAGCUAUUCAAGGGCCCAACGGGUGCUGGUUUUACUGCUGGGUUGUUUAAGAAGGCAUGUAGUUGAUGGUGUGUUAGCCAAGGUAUUUAAGUGUCCCCUAGUUUGUCUUGUAUUUCAUGUGUUGUUUUCGUAGAAGUCUUUUAGACAGAAAAAAUCUGGAGGUUUUUUCUUCUUUUGUGUUCAGCCCUGGAGGCCUACAGGACUUGGAGCUCAGCGGCCGACAGUGGGAUCUUCCAGGUCCCAGUAGUUUCAAGGCCACUGAGGGGACUGGAAGCUCCACACAGCCUCCUUGGUUGUCACGUUGGGCUCCCCUGCUUACCGCGGCAGCGGCAGCGGUGGCCGGGUUGGUAGUGCGGACCGAUGCUUGCUGUCCUCAAGAGCUCUGUGCUGUCAUGGGGCUUGCCAUCUUGCCUCACCAGAAGUCCAUACUGGUGCACUUUCAAACACCCAUCCCUAAGUGCAGUUCAAUGAUCACUCCAAAAAAAUUCACAAUGCUGUCCUUUACUCCCAUUAUGACAGAUUGAUUUUACAGAUAUUCCUGAGCGACAAGUCUGCAGCCAGAUUAAAGAGAGUUUGAAUCUGUUCUGGAAAGCAUUAGUUUGUGGAAGUGAGCACCACCCCCUUGAGUAAACAUUAAACCGAAAGGCAAAUCAUCCAAUUUACAACUUUGAAUAGUUGUGGAGAAGAAGAAAAAAUCAGAAGGACAAAGCAGGACACUUUGCUUUUUACUGGAUGGUUUAAUGAUUAGUUUGAGACAGUACCUAGCAUAAUAUAUAUGCUGCUCACUGCAGUUGCAAGACAUCAUCCUUGGCCAAACUGCACUGUAGCUUUCAUUAUAACAACUGCCAAAAAAUUGCUUGCUGAAACGAAAUGGAUUGGACAGAGCCGAUUCCAGCGUUGUUUCUCUUUAUCCUUAUGGUUUCCUUUGUUUUGAAACUGGGCAUUUUCUGGAACAAGACCUCCCAAAAUCUUCCACCAGGACCGAGGCCUUUACCUCUCAUUGGGAAUCUCCACAUCAUGGAUCUGAAGAGGCCUUACAGAACCAUGUUAAAGUUGUCAAAGCAAUAUGGCCCUGUCUUCAGCAUCCAAAUGGGACCCCAGAAAAGUGUGGUGUUGGCAGGAUAUGAGACCGUAAAGGAGGCUCUGGUUAAUCAGGCAGACGCAUUUGCAGACAGGCCCAUCAUUCCAAUAGUUCAAGAUCUUGCACCAGGCUUUGGUAUAGUUCUGUCUAAUGGUGAAAACUGGAAAGUGAUGCGGCGGUUUGCUUUAAGCACAUUACGGGACUACGGAAUGGGAAAGAGGACCAUAGAGGACAGAAUUGUUGAGGAAUGCAGUGUCCUGAUAAAGAAAUUUGAAUCCUACGAAGGAAACCCAUUUGAGACCACCACAAUUAUGAAUGCACCUGUUGCCAAUAUUAUAGUGUCCAUACUACUAGGCAAGCGAUUUGAUUAUGAAGAUCCCAUAUACAUAAGACUUCUGAAGUUGGUCAAUGAAAACACCCGACUUUUUGGAAGCUCUUCAGUCAUGAAUUUCACUCAAAACAGAGCUGAGCUGUUUGCCUUCAUAAAUGUCACCUUCCUAAAACACCUGAGAGAUCUGGAUGAAAAUGACCAGAGGAGCUUUAUUGACUCAUUUCUUAUCCAACAGCAAGAGGAGGAAAAGAAGAACAAGACGAAUGGAUACUUCCACAACGAAAACUUAAAAACAGUUGUGGCCAACUUGAUAGCUGCUGGCAUGGAGGCCACUUCUACCACACUGCGCUGGGGACUGUUACUAAUGAUGAAACACCCUGAAAUUCAGAUAAAGGUCCAAGAAGAAAUUGCAAAGGUUGUUGGAUCUUCUCAGCCAAGGAUUGAACACCGAACAAAAAUGCCUUAUACAGAUGCCGUGGUCCAUGAGAUCCAGAGAUUUGCCAGUAUUAACCCAACCAACGUGCCACAUGCCACGGCUACAGAUGUUACCCUCAAUGGCUACUUCAUUCCAAAGGGGACAUACAUCAUAACAUUGCUGUCCUCUGUGCUGCAUGAUGAAUCUCAAUGGGAAAAACCACAUAAAUUCUAUCCUGAGCAUUUUCUCAACUCUGAAGGAAAAUUUGUAAAGAGAGAUGCUUUCAUGCCUUUCUCCGCAGGACGGAGAGUAUGUUUAGGUGAGACUCUUGCCAAAAUGCAGCUCUUUCUCUUCUUCACAAGUCUGCUGCAGAGAUUUACCUUCCAGCCACCCCCUGGAACAUCUCAAGAAGAUCUGGACCUUACUCCUGCUGUUGGGGUUAUAACACCUCCCAUGCCCCACCAGCUCUGUGCUCUGCCACGUUUCUAAGAUUCACGAAUUCCUGGGUUGCUUAUCCUACCUGUGUGUGCAAUGCGAGCCUUUUUUUAAAAAAAACACCCCAUUCAACGGGGGUAUUUUGAUUGAGUAGCCUACUGGUUGAGUAGCCCAAUUGGUCCAUGCUUUGUCAAAAACCUUAAGUGUCCUCCCAUUACUGCUGAAUCCUUUGAAACUAGCAUUGGAGCAUCUCUUACGUAAAACCUGGCCCUGAGUUCUUGGGGUAUAGAGAUCAACCAGCAAAACUGGUUUCAUGUAUUCCCAUGUAUUCCCAUGUUAACAUACAGUAUACCUUCAAAUAUCUUGAUAUCUGAUAUCUUGAUGCAUCAUAUCCACUGUGGCUUCAAUGUAUUUGGAUUCUGUGGAAGACAAGGCUAUGCAGUGGUACCUCGACUUACAAACGACUUGACAACCGAAUUUUUCGACUUACAAAUGGGGCAAAUGGCCACGCGCUUACGAUUUUUCGACAUCCAAAUGGAAACCACAGCAGUUUUACUUAGGAAUUUUUAGAUGGGGUUGCUUCGACUUACGAAUUUUUCAGUUUCCAAUGCAUUCCUAUGGGAAAUCACGUUUCCAAUGGCGCUUUUCGACUUAUGAAUUUUUCGACCUACGAAGGUGCCUUCGGAACGGAUUAAAUUCGUAAGUCGAAGCACCACUGUACAAUUCUGUAUAUAACUGCCCCAGGAGAUUGGACCAUUGGCAGACAUAAAGACAUACCCACCUAUAGAUUUAUAGUUUUUUUGCAAUUGGGUUUGCUUCUGGCGUCUUGAUGCUGUCAAUUAGUUCAGUGAAUUUCUGUUUCUGGCUUAGAAUAAAACAGCCAUCUUCUCUCUGUAUCUGGACUCCUAGAUAGUAAUGAACCUUUUCUUGUUCUUUGACUGCCACAUCUUUGCUUAAAUUUUCUUCUACUUCUGUGUACUCUCUGUCAUUUAUGACUGCAAUUAUCGGGUCAUUCAUGGGUGUCAGAAUGUAAGACAAUUGUUCAUUCUUACAUUUGUUGUACAAACACUUGUCUCCAUGGCCCUAGUUGUGUUAGCAUGGUGUGUGAUAUUUCGUUCCAUGCCCUAGUAGCUUCUUUUAGUCCUUAAAGCCCUCUUUGAAGUCUGUAUAUCAAAUGCACUUUGUUUGACUUGAUAAAACACUUGCUUCAUGUAAAUCUCCUCUGAGAUUUUGCCAUGUAAAAAUGCAGCUUUUAUGUCUAUGUGUCUCGUGCCUAUUUGCUUAGGCGGCUUUGCCUAAAAGCGUUCUGAUGGUGGUGUAUCUGACUACUGGGGUGAAUGGGGCAUCCUAGUCUUCUCCAUAGCGUUGACUGAAACCUUGUGAACAAGCCUCACUUAGUAACACUGCACCUCCCCUUCUGCACCCUGUUUCACUUUAAAACCCACUUGCUUCCUAAGGCAUUCUUUCCAGGAGGCAGGUCAGUAAAGGUUCAGGAGUGGUUCUGGUGCAGUGUAUCUAUUUCAGGGGUCAGGAAACUUUUUCAG